AUGCCUUUUGAAUUUGUGGGAUUCAGAUUAUUAAUUGCGAUUGCAGCAGCAGGAAAGCUCUUCCUGCACACUGACGCUGAGGAGCCGCCAGGUGAUCAUCUCCUCCAACCAGACCAGCAGAGAGAGUCCUCCCUGCUGAAACCCACAGUGCUGAUCACCAUCCUCACACGCAACGCACAGCACAGCCUCCCUUACUUCUUGGGAUGCAUUGACAGACUGGACUACCCAAAGGACCGAAUUGCCAUCUGGGCAGCUUCUGACCACAGUGUGGACAACAGCACAGCCAUGCUUCAGGAGUGGCUCAAAGGAGCUCAGCACCUGUACCACUCUGUGGAGUGGAGACCCAUGGAGCAACCAAGAAAUGCAGACAUCGGAGACAAAUUAUGGAGCUCUUAUGCAGAUGAGCAGGGUCCAAAACACUGGCCCGACUCUCGGUUCACCCACGUGAUGAAGCUGAAGCAGGCAGCGCUCAGAGCUGCCAGACGACUCUGGGCUGACUACAUGUUGUUUGUGGACAGUGACAACUUGCUGACAAACCGCCGGGUGCUGUCUGACAUGAUGGCGGAGAAUCUUACAAUUGUGGCACCCAUGUUGGAAUCAAGAAGUCUUUAUUCCAACUUCUGGUGUGGCAUUACUCCUCAGGGCUACUACAGACGGACCCCAGAGUACAUUCCUAUCUAUAAGAGGGAGCAGCAGGGCUGCUUUGCAGUCCCCAUGGUGCACUCCACCUACCUGCUGGACUUGAGGCGCAGAGCCAGCCAAGCGUUGGCCUUCCACCCUCUUCACCUCCAGUACCCCUACCACCUGGACGACAUCAUGGCAUUUGCUUUCUCUGCAAGACAAGCAGAGGUCCAGAUGUACGUGUGCAACAGGGACCAUUAUGGAUAUUUACCAGUGCCCCUCAAGCAAGACCAGACACUGGAGGAGGAAGAGGAAAGUUUUACCCACACGCUGACAGAGGCACUUAUUGACCACACCAUGGAGCCCUCACAGCAUGUGCACACUACACCUAAAGAACCAGGAAAGAUGGGAUUUGAUGAGAUCUUUCUGAUUAAUCUGAAGCGCCGCUCAGACCGGCGGGAGAGGAUGCUGAAGUCUCUGGCUGUCCUCGGCGUCAGUGCCACACUGACAGAGGCUGUGGAUGGCAAAGCAUUGAACUCCUCUCAGCUGCAGGCCAUGGGUAUCGACAUGCUGCCUGGGUAUACAGACCCGUACUCAGACCGUGUGUUGACCAGAGGGGAGAUUGGCUGCUUCCUCAGCCACUACAGCAUCUGGAAGCAGGUGGUGCAGCAGGAACUGCAGCAGGUGCUUGUGCUGGAGGAUGAUGUGAGAUUUGAGCCCAGGUUUGGCAGCAGGCUGGUGGCCAUUAUGGACAAUGUGAAGAGAGUGGGACUCAACUGGGACCUGAUCUAUGUGGGCCGUAAGCGGCUGCAGGUGAAGGAGCCAGAGUACUGGGUAAAGGGAGUCAGUAACCUUGUGCACCCAGGAUACUCCUACUGGACCUUGGGUUAUGUCCUGUCCCUGCAGGGGGCCAAGAAGCUCCUGCAGGCAAAACCUCUGCACAAAAUGCUGCCUGUUGAUGAGUUCUUACCCAUCAUGUUCAACAAGCACCCCAAAGAGGAGUAUGUGCAGUAUUUUGAGCCCAGAGAUCUGAGAGCAUUUUCAGUGGAACCUCUGUUGCUCUUCCCCACACACUACACCGGCGAGCCUGGCUACUUCAGCGACACAGAGACAUCCACCAUUUGGGACGAUGAGGCAGUGGAAACAGACUGGGACAGAGACGGGGCCAAGCACCAGCGACAGCAGGAAACGGAGGAACUUAAGAUUCACCACGAGGCUCCUCAUUCUGCUCGUGGUGACGUGCCUCCCCUCGCUGCCAGUGGAAACAGAGAUGAACUCUGAGGAGGACUCACAUGUGUCACACGUCACAGCCAGUUUAACCUGGGGCACAAAUUAGCUGCUAGUCUCCUGCACCUCCCCCUCCCUGUGCAAAGUGUAUUUUUUUUUUUUUUUUUUUUUUUUGAUAGAAUACUAUCUAAACAUUAAAACCACCUGUAAAGACCAAGACAGACAAACCGACAGUGUAUGUGUCUUUUUAGAGGUAACAUUUCUUUAGGAUUAGCAGAUUCUCUGUUACAACUGUUCAAAACUAAACUUAAACCAAGAAGUAAACGCCCAGAGAUGCACCUGUUUCUUAACUGUACGUGUGUAAUAUCUACCAGCAGUUACGGCAGCAUGUUGCUCCACAAUGACAACACUGAUUAAUAAGUUUCACAUUUUAGUAAAAAACCUUUAUCACAUUAUAUUUUUCAUGCUAUUAUUGCUAAUUAUAUGCUAUUAUUUUCAAGUCUGCAUAGAGUUUUAAUAAAAAACUCAUACUGACUUAACUUACUUUAUUGAGACACAUUGAUUUUGUCCAGUUACAGGUCUAAUAAUUGCCUGUGUUUAGUGAUAUAAUUAGAUGAAAUGAAACGUUAUAAUGCUAUAACAUGGAAGGCUUCUUGUAAAAAUCUCUGAUAAUCAGAAAAUGUCAUAACAUUG